UAUUUUUCCCCAAAACAAUUCUAAUCUUCGUCUUCGAUGUCCAACAAGAAUAAUUGUUCCUCCCCAUAAUUGUGAAUCGUGAUUAUCAAAGAGAGGAAAAAAAUUUACUUCCAAAAUCAUCGAACAGAAGCUUUAGUUAGAUCCAGAGAUCUUGUUGAUAUUCUCCUAAUGAUUUCUUUAUGAUCAAGAGUUCGAUGAAAGCGGAUUCUGCAUCAAUUUGACAUCAAACACCUUAGUGUCCCCACCUUACUGCAAAUUUUGAUCAGAAGAUUCAGAACCCAUCUAUAAUUGUUCUUCCGUGUGAUUGUGGUAGAUAGUUGUUCAUCUAUAAAAUAAAAAAAACUUGUAUAUGUAUUUUCUAAUUAACCUUUAGAUUGGUAAAACCCAUCACUGAUAUCCAGUACUAGCACAACUUCGGAACCUAGAUAAGAUUGAUUGCAAAUAGGGUUCAUAACUGCAAUUAACAAACUACGAAACACAGAACAUGUCUUUUUCUCCCAAAUCUCGUUUCGGUUUUAUAAUUUUCAUUAAUUACUCAGAAAUCAAUUGAAAAUUAAGAUAAGAAUAAGAAAUAAUUGAUUUUCGUUUAUGUAAUUAACCAAGGCCAUAGUUGAACACAUUUUGGUUAUAUUUUUUUUGGAGAUAGAUCAAGCUUUUUUGAUUCUUGGUUCAGAUGCGGAAAAAUCCUAGAUUGUCUCAUGAGAUAAAAGGAUAAAACAUAUAGGAAGAGCUGAAGAAGGAUCAUUGAUGAUUCCGAAAAGAAAAAAUCUGCCAUUGAAGUACCACAACAGUGGAUUCCUAUCCCACAUCUACAUGACACAUAAGAACGCGUGAAAGGAGCGAUCAGCAUUAGCGUGGUUUCUAGCAUUUUCCGCUGCCGACAAAAUAAAGAAAAAGAUUUGGAUACUGAAAUUUAAGGGAAUACCAACCCACCUAACACGGAAUAUGCAAUUAUUAGUUGCCAUUAUUAUCGAGACUAUUUCCAGUUUUAUUCAUUUCUUUAAUUCUUAUUUUGUCAAGUGUGUUUGCUGGAAAAAUGUUAUCCCGGAACCAAUUCGUGUAUACUAUAGAUCUUAGGUAUUGCUGUUCCACUUUUUAGAAUCUGACACUGUAUUAUUGACUUUCGGCCGUCAAAGCUCCACAAAAUCAUUGUCGUUUCAAGCUUAAAUGCAAUCAGCCGGCCAAAACCAUAGAAAAUUCUCAUCUGAACCACCACGCUGCACAAUUCUUCUCUCCAAUCUCAAAACAGCAGAGCAGCCAUGUCUAGUUCAUCAUCAUCAUCGACAAAAACACUUGGUAUCGGAAUCAUAGGAUUCGGGACAUUUGCACAGUUUCUAGCAAAAAGAAUGGUCAAUCAAGGACAUGCUUUAUCAGCAACAUCUCGAUCUGAUUACUCACUUCUCUCUUCUCAACUGGGUAUCAAAUUUUUCAGAGAAAUAGAUAACUUCAUGGAUGAAGACCAUGACGUGAUACUAAUAUGCACAUCAAUUUUAUCUCUGUCUGAAGUUUUAAAAUCGGUUCCGAUUCAUCGAUUGAAAAAACCAACGCUUUUUUCAGAAGUUCUUUCAGUCAAAGAACACCCAAAAGAAGUACUGUUAGAGUUACUACCGGAGGAUUUUGAUGUACUGUGUACGCACCCAAUGUUUGGACCUGGUAGUGGGAAAAAUGGAUGGAACGAUUUACCAGUUGUUUACGAUAAAGUUCGGAUUAGAAAUCAAGAUGUCUGUUCUCGCUUCCUUCAGAUUUUCCAAAAUGAGGGUUGCAGAAUGGUGGAGAUGUCUUGUGAAGAACAUGAUAAAUUGGCUGCUAGAAGUCAAUUUCUUACUCGUACUGUGGCAAGGGUCUUGUCAGAGAUGGAGAUUGAGUCCACAUCCAUGGAUACAAAAGGGUUUCAGAACCUAGUUCAGUUGAAAGAGACCCUUGUGACGGACAGUUUCGACUUAUAUUCAGGAUUGUUUGUGCACAAUAGAUUUGCUAAACAAGAACUGAAGAACUUGGAGCUUGCAUUGGAGACGGUCAAACAGAAACUGCUUACAACAAUGGAUGACACCUUGUAGUGAAUCAUUAUAACCAUACACCUCAUUUGUCUUGUAUUCCUGUUUGUUGUCCUCAUUUCCUUGUAGCAUAACCAAAAAACUUUUUUGUUAUUGUAACUGGCAAUGUAACAAACUUUUCUGUUUGUUAUUGGAUCCUGAUAAUGCAUCUUACAUGAAACUCUAACAAGCUUCAUACAUCAAAAGGAAAAA